GUGGAAAUUGGUUCUGGGGAAGCUCCUGAUGGUAGUAGGAGCUGGAUCCGGAGGGAGGCUGCUGAGGCCAGUGCAGCCUUGCAGAGCACCACAGAGCCAAUCGCUGCUGCUAGGGGUGGAGCUGGAGCUCCAGCAGAUGAUCGCUGAGUGCCUUUCCAGCACAGUUGGUCUGGACGGCUGAGAGAUCUGGUCGCGGGGAGAGGAGAGCUGUAAUUGCAACUCCAGUGUGCUCCUUCCCCGGCAGCAUCGCUGGAGCAGCUGCGAUAUCCUCUGUGCGCCAGCCCCACCAGCAACGUGAAGAUGAAAUCAUCUGACAUUGACCAGGAAUUAUUCACUGAAAGUUACUGCAAAGUGUGCAGCGCACAGCUAAUAUCCGAGUCCCAGCGCGUGGCCCAUUACGAGAGUCGGAAACAUGCCAGCAAAGUUCGCCUCUAUUAUAUGCUUCAUCCCAUAGAUGGAGGCUGUCCAGCUAAAAAGCUCCGAUCAGAAAAUGGCAGUGAUGGUGACACAGUGGAUAAGAACAAAUGCUGCACACUAUGUAACAUGUCCUUUACCUCAGCAGUGGUGGCUGAAUCGCAUUACCAAGGGAAAAUCCAUGCCAAAAGGUUAAAACUGUUGCUAGGUGAGCCGCCGGCACUGAAGGCCGCAGAAACCGCUCUAAGCUCCCUCAAGCAGCCGCACACGGACCGUCCCGCCGUGGUGUCCUCGCCGCACCAGCGAAGGGAUUCGGACCGGUACUGCCAGCUGUGCGCUGCCUGGUUCAACAACCCCAUGAUGGCCCAGCAGCACUACGACGGCAAGAAGCACAAGAAGAACGCGGCCAGAGCUGACCUGCUGGAGCAGCUGGGGAAGACCCUGGACCUUGGCGAGCUGAGAGGCCUGAAGCGCAGCUACACGUGCAACAUCUGCAACGUCACGCUGAACUCGAUAGAGCAGUACCACGCGCACCUGAAGGGCUCCAAGCACCAGACCAACCUGAAGAACCAGUAGCAGUUCAUCAGUCAAAACAAGGAAAAGCACUGAGACUUCUUCUGCGGGGAGGAACUGCGUAGCGAGGAGAGGAUACUUUUCUUGGACAAUGAUCCUGUGGGGAUUCGGUAAUUAACAUGUAACUAACCUUCGCUUUGGACAAAUACAUGGAUUUUUUUUUAAUUUUGUGGUGAGUUAAAAUAUUUCAAUGGAUUUUUUUACCCUUUCAAGAUAAUAUUUAUUCAGCACAGAGUCUAGAGUAUGAUAACUAUCCUGUAAAUACAACACCUAAUCAUCACUCAUCGUCAGAGACAGUGGAAAGAAAAUAUUUUACUUUUUCAUAUUUAUUCAUAGAUUUCUUCUGAGAGUAUAAAAUUAUUCUAUUACAUUAUCCAUGGUAGUGAUGUAAUCAGUCUUCAACCAGAAAUAAACAUGCUUUCUUCACCUUC